AAAUUGUCUUGGUCUGAGAAGUGGCCAAUAACUGGAACAGUUUAUUUAAAAAGAUUAAAAAUUUUGUUCGGGCUCUUAUUCUAAAAGCCAGACUCUUGUGGAUGGCAACCAGGCGGCAUCUGAAUCAAUCUCUCGAAGGUCUUGGCGUGAAAGUAGAAUCAUCCAGGAUUGGUCUCCCUCACUGGAAAGCACCUUAGAGUAUCUGUGACACGCGGUGCGGUAGGCUGAACCCGCCUGCUGCACCAUGCUGGGCUGCGUUGCCCUUGACACCAGGGCUGGCCACAUGGCCCUGUCUUUGCGAAUGGGCUCCGGGGACCCUGCUCCUGACCCCUCCCUCCUGUGUUGCAGCGACGUCCUCGCCCUGCCCAUCUUCAAGCAGGAGGAGCCCCAGCUGUCCCCCGAGAACGAGGCCCGCCUGCCACCCCUGCAGUAUGUGCUGUGUGCCGCCACGUCCCCAGCUGUGAAGCUGCACGAAGAGACUUUGACCUACCUCAACCAAGGUCAGUCUUAUGAAAUCCGACUGCUGGAGAAUCGGAAGCUGGGAGAUUUUCAGGAUCUGAACACAAAAUAUGUGAAGAGCAUCAUCCGCGUGGUGUUCCACGACCGGCGGCUACAGUACACGGAGCACCAACAGCUGGAGGGCUGGCGGUGGAGCCGGCCCGGGGACCGCAUCCUGGACAUCGAUAUUCCACUGUCUGUUGGUAUCUUGGACCCCAGGGCCAGCCCGACCCAGCUGAAUGCAGUUGAGUUUUUGUGGGACCCUUCGAAGAGAGCAUCUGCUUUCAUUCAGGUGCACUGCAUCAGCACAGAGUUCACCCCGAGGAAGCACGGGGGCGAGAAGGGCGUGCCCUUUCGGGUGCAGAUCGAUACCUUCAAGCAGAGUGAGAAUGGGGAGUACACGGAACACUUGCACUCGGCCAGCUGCCAGAUCAAGGUGUUCAAGCCAAAGGGAGCUGACCGGAAGCAGAAGACUGACCGAGAGAAGAUGGAAAAAAGAACGGCCCAAGAGAAGGAGAAAUACCAGCCAUCCUAUGAAACCACCAUCCUCUCAGAGUGCUCCCCGUGGCCCGACGUGGUUUACCAGGUGAACAGUGCCUCGUCCCCAAGCUACAACGGCUCUCCGAACAGCUUCGGCCUUGGCGAAGGCAACAGCUCCCCAACCCACCCGGUGGAGGCCCUGCCCGUGGGCAGUGACGUAAGUGUCUGCGGCUGGGCGCUGGCUGCCUGUCCCGUGCGGACCGGGCAACCCGUCAAGGCCCGUCCUCUCUGCCCGCAGCACCUGCUUCCCUCGGCCUCCACGCAGGACGCCCAGCAGUGGCUCCACCGCAACAGAUUCUCCCAGUUUUGCCGGCUGUUCGCCAGCUUCUCAGGUGCUGACCUGCUGAAGAUGUCCCGCGAUGACCUGGUCCAGAUCUGCGGCCCUGCAGAUGGGAUCCGGCUUUUUAACGCCAUCAAAGGCAGGAACGUGAGGCCGAAGAUGACCAUUUACGUCUGCCAGGAGCUGGAGCAGAGCCGCGUGCCCCUGCAGCAGAAGCGGGACGGCGGCGGGGACCCCAAUCUGUGUGUGUACCACGCCAUCUUCCUGGAGGAGCUGACCACCUUGGAGCUGAUCGAGAAGAUCGCCAACCUGUACAGCAUCUCCCCGCAGCACAUCCAUCGGGUGUACCGGCAGGGCCCCACCGGCAUCCACGUGGUGGUCAGCAACGAGAUGGUGCAGAAUUUCCAAGACGAAUCCUGUUUCAUCCUCAGUACCUUAAAAGCCGAGAGCAAUGACGGCUACCACGUCAUCCUGAAAUGUGGCCUCUGAACAGAGACGAGCAGGCAGCCACCUCCUACCCUCAGCCCCACGGACCCCCUUGGAUGUAGAAAUCGCACCCCGGGAAGCUGCGGCGAGGGGGGCCUGGCCCAGCCUGUGAAAGCCACAGACCAACCCCUAGCCGAGACCCUCGGAGGCCAUGUCUCUGGCGGGCAGAAAGCCUGCCCCUCCCCCUAGCCCCAGCUUGGGCGCGGUUCCUUGUUUUUCCUCCCAGCCCUGCCAUUCUGAAGAGGCCGACGGUGGGGCAUCUCCUCUGACGCUCCCCUAGUUGGAGGCUAGCUCACCGGGUACCUGGGUGCCACCUGUACUGGUCCCUGCCUUCACCCUCUUCUCUGGUAACUGGCUCAGUGAUGGGGCUGCUGACGAAAUGGGGGUUUGCGACCGUUCUCCUGUCUUCGUGUCGGUUUCCCGUCUCCGUGACCCUGGUGAGCAUCCGUCUUUCCUGUUACUGGGUGGAUCGAUGGGAGUUGGGUUUAUUCUGUGCCUCCUGCUUCUUUCACGUUUACCUUGAUUCUAAGGGUCUGCUGCUGCUCGGAGCCCAGAGGUGGGCUCGCAUCUCUUCACUGCCGGGCUAGACACGCCACGGGGCCACACAGACCUAGUUCUAAGGCCCUUGGGAGGGACAGGGGGAGGCUAGAAAGACUAAUUUUAGGCACAUUCUCAUGAAUAUAAAAGGGAAGAGAACCAGAUGAUUCCUCUUGAGCUCCUUCGGUAUAAUUUUAUUUCCUAAGCAACCAUGGGUAAAGGAGGACUAGGAAAUGAACAUUCCAUUGUAGGAUCACAUGACCUUGACUAUCCCGACACCAGGCCCUCUUGAAUGGACUCAGCAAAUCCCAUGUAGAGAAGACCUCCAAACUUGCCAGGCUUCCUAGAGACAUUGUAUCCUCUGGGAGGGCUCCCCUUUAAAUGUUUCUCUUUUUUCAUUUGUAGAGGGUGUGUUUGGGGCAUUUCACCUGCACUGGAAUGGUUGGAUCACCUUUCUUAGUGGCCUAACUUGGGGGAAAUAUGAAUAUCAGUAACCAGUAGACUCAGCAAUUAGUCUUUAUCUCUGUUUCCUGGGACCCGCUGAUCUGUACUGGCCCCAGGCUUCAACUCUUUGCUCAUGUCAGUUCAACUUACAAAGCACGGUGAGCGCUGUGACCAACUGAGUAGGACUUGACAGCUUUUAAAGUGGAGCUUUGGGGGCAUGUAGAGAUGACCAGAACGGGUAGACCUCGCUUUACAGAUGGAGAAACCAAAGCCCAGAGGGGCGAAGCCACCUGCCUGAUAUCACAUAGUGAUAGGGUAAUGACAUAAAUUUGUCAUCUAAACCAGGACACUUCUGAGAGUGAAAGGGGCUCUAGCAGUAACUGCGUGGGGACAACGGGUGUGGUGUCCUACGGUGUAAGGACAAGCUUCUGGUUCCCCCUCCUUUUUGGGGGUUGGGGGAGAGGAGCACAUAACAGCUUUACUGAGAUAUGAUUCACAUACUGUACAAGUUACCCGUUGAUAGUGUACAAUUCUAUGAUUCUUUAGUCAAUGCCCAGAACCACCACAUCAAUUUGAGAACAUUUUCGUCAUCCCUGAAAGAAACCCUGUACCCUUGGCAAGUCCUCUCCUAUUUUCCUUACAAUUCCUCUACUCCUAGGCAACCACAAAUCUUCUUUCUAUAUGGGCUGACCUAUUCUGGACAUUUCACGUAUGUGGAAUCAUACAAUAUGUGGUCUUUUGUGACUAGCUGUUUUUUCACUUAACAUAGUGUUUUCUGGGGUCAUCCAUAUUGAGCAUAUAUCAGUACUGCCGUCCUUUUUAUAGCUUAAUAAUAUCUCAUUCUCUGGCUACACCACAUUUGUUUAUCCAUCCAUCAUUUGAUGGCUAUUUGAGUUGUUUCUACCUUGGAGCUAUUAUGAAUCAUGCUGCU